UGCCACGCCACCUUGUGGUGAAAUGAGAGAUCCCGGAUCACGGAAGUGGUUUGCCUGUUUGCCAGUACUCUUACCAUUCACCUUUCAUUACUUAGUAAUGUUUAUUGUACGCCGUUUACUAAUAUGGGACCGACGUCAAACGACACGGUGCUGAUAAAUAGAAAGAAGACAGUUGAAAACACCCCAGGACCUCAGGUUUGAACCCAAGUGGGUGCAGUUUAUCACACCAUGUUGGUGACAGCAUAUCUUGCCAUCAUUUUCCUGCUUACCCUGUGUGUUGGCCUGGAGCUCACAGCCCGCCGACUCACCCCACCUCAGUCUACUCCUACUGCUGUAGCCAACCCCGUGUUCCGUCGCUUCCAGAGUAUAUUUUUGCGGGCAUACCUUUUGGCUUUGUGGGCAGACUGGCUCCAGGGUCCUUACCUCUACAAACUGUACCGCCACUACAGCUUCCUGGAAUCCCAAAUAGCGAUCUUAUACGUGUGUGGCCUGGCCUCCUGUGUUCUGUUUGCCCCUUUUUCAGGCUGGCUCCCUCAAGUCUUGGGCCGCAGACAGACAUGUCUUCUCUUCUGUGUAUCUUACUCUGCUUGUUGUCUCACCAAGCUGUCCACAGACUACUUUGUUUUGAUUGUGGGUCGGAUCCUGGGGGGUCUGUCCACAUCCUUGCUCACCACCACAUUUGAAGCCUGGUACGUGCACCGUCAUGUAGAGGUCCAUGAUUUUCCCAAGGACUGGAUCCCCAGUACCUUCACCAAAGCUGCUACAUGGAAUCAUGGUCUCGCCGUGGGAGCAGGGCUGGUGGCUAACUUGCUGGCUGAGUGGCUCCACCUGGGGCCGGUGGCUCCCUUUCUCCUGGCUGUCCCCUGCUUGGUGUGCUGUGGCUGGUUGGUGCUAACAGACUGGGGCAAGGAAGAGGCUGAAGAAGGUCUUGAAGGGGGAAAGCAGAAACUGCCUCUUGGCACUCCAAAUGCAGGUGCAACCCGUUUGUCUGCAAGGGCCCGAUUCUCACGCAGCUGCCAUGAUGGGUUGCGCUGCCUGCUCUCCGACCGAAGAGUCAUGCUGUUAGGUGGAGUGCAGGCUCUGUUUGAAAGUGUCCUCUAUAUUUUUGUUUUUCUGUGGACCCCAGUACUCGACCCCCAUGGGCCUCCUUUGGGAAUAGUGUUUUCUUGCCUAAUGGCUGCAAGCAUGGCUGGCUCCUUGCUCUACCGCCUGGCCACCUCCACCCGCUACUGCCUGCAGCCUGGCCACGUUCUCUGCCUGGCUGUGUUGAUGGCCUUCUUCUCUCUCUUUAUGUUGACCUUUUCCACCACCCCUGGUCAACCUAGGCCACGUGAAUCUUUUCUGGCCUUCCUGCUGCUGGAGCUGGCCUGUGGGCUGUACUUCCCUGCAGUCAGCUUUCUCCAGAGCAGAGUGAUCCCAGAGGAAAAGCGGGCGAGUGUGCUGGCCUGGUUCCGGCUGCCUCUACACCUGCUGGCCUGCUUUGGGCUGCUGGCUCUUCAUGGGGAGAUGUCAGGAACAGGUGGAGGGGAGGAGGGCAGCGGCACCAGGCACAUGUUUGGAGGAUGUGCAGUUAUGAUGCUGGCUGCUUUGAUGGCUGUAGUAAGUCUGUUCACUCUGGGCAGAAAUGACAUAGAUCUGAGACUAGAGGGAACCAGAGGGGAUGGGGAGAUGUUUUGAAAAGAUGGACUCCAUAUUCAAUUAUGAUGACUGGUUUUAUAUAUUAUGUGACCAAAAUAGAGAACUUGUGUGUUACACUUGAAUAUUCACAAAACAAUAUUUUGCCAAAUGCGACAGCGGAGGAAUUCAAUGUCUAAAGGGGAUAUUUUGCUAAAUUAAAUUUUAUAUGUUGCAUUGUAUCUGUUUGUGUUGUUAUUUUUGGGAGAUCAUUUUACAUAUCCUCUCUGUGUAUGCUUGGUGAACAUCGCUGUAUCAAUUUUCAUUUGUAAAGUAAACUGUUGGAAUAUCUGAAAACUCUUGUAUCAUUCCCUAAAACUAUUCCAGAUAACAUAUUAUUGCCUCAUUGUCAACAACUUUAGGGAACAGAGAUGAAAUACUUUACAGAUCUCAAUAAAAAUCCAAAGGAAUUUCAUGACUAGCAUGGAAGUUCUUCCAAUAUUUAUGUAUGUUUUCUUUCCCAAAAUCUGUUUUGUUUCUGUAUUUCUCUGCUCUUUACACUUUGAAAUAAAGGUACAUUGUACAUAAUGAAUAUAA